CACACACACACACACACACCUGCAGAAGGUCUGAGUCUGUGUUUAGGUUCUUCUGGCCGUCGUCAUGGAGUUCAAGAGUAAGCAGAAGAAGAAGGUUCUUGUGAUCUCGGUGCUGCUGGCCGUGUGUGUGGUGGUGAUCAUUCUGGGUUUGGGUUUGGGUCUCGGUCUCCAGCUGCAGGACUGCAGGAAUAAAGACGCGUCGUUGUCCUGCAGGAAUCGUUGUUAUGAGCCGUUGGAUGUGGAUUCAGUGUCGUGUCGCUGUGAUAGUCAGUGUGUGGAGACUCACAGCUGCUGCUUUGACUAUAAAGACAUCUGUCUGCUGCCUACUGAGAGCUGGGAGUGCACUGCGCUGCGCUGCGGAGAGAGACGGAUGACCGACAGCAGGUGUCACUGCUCAGAGGACUGCUUGAGCUCUGGAGACUGCUGCUCCAACUACAACAGCGUCUGCAAGGGAGACACAGAGUGGGUUCAGGAUGAGUGUGUCGACAUGACCACUGCCAAAUGUCCCGCCAGUUUUAAGAGGCAGCCGCUGCUGUUGGUGUCUCUGGACGGUCUGAGAGCCGAGUAUCUGCAGUCGUGGCAUACGGUCGUACCAGUGCUGGACAAGAUCAGACGCUGCGGCACAUCAGCGCCCUUCAUGCAGGCUGUGUUCCCUAGUAAGACGUUCCCUAACCACUACUCUAUCGUCACAGGUCUGUACACCGAGUCACAUGGGCUGGUGGAUAAUAACAUGUACGACCCAGUGUUUGAUGCCUCCUUCAGUCUGUCCAACAGUGAGAAAAACAAUCCCAGAUGGUACCAGGGACAACCGAUCUGGAACACAGCCAUGUAUCAGGGGCUGAAGGCGGGAACGUUCUUCUGGCCAGGAUCUGAUGUGUCCAUUAAUGGGAGUUUCCCAGAUAUCUACAUGAAUUACGACGGGAAGGUCCCGUAUGAGGAGAGGAUCUUCAGUGUUCUGCGGUGGCUGCAGUUACCAGAGGACAGACGGCCAGAUUUCUUCACAGUCUACCUGGAGGAGCCGGAUAGUUCAGGACACAAUUAUGGACCCGUCAGCGGAGGGCUGAUCUUGGCUCUGCAGGGAGUGGACAGAGUCAUAGGUCAGCUGAUGAAUGGCCUCAAACAACUCAACCUUCAUCAGUGUGUCAACAUCAUCAUCGUUGCCGAUCAUGGCAUGGAGGAGACCAGCUGCGAGCGUAAAGAGGCUCUUCAGGAUUUUAUAGGUGAUGUCAAUCAUCUGUACGUCAAUGAGGGGCCAUUUGGACGAAUCAGAGCAAAAAACACAACACACACCUUGGAUGCUGUUGGACUCGUGGCAAAUAUGUCGUGUAAACGGCCGGAGCAGCAGAUCAAGCCGUACCUGAAACAUCACCUGCCCAAACGCUUCCAUUACGCAAACAACAGACGCAUCGAAGACGUCAGCAUCCUGGUGAACCCACGCUGGCUCUUUGAGAGGUAUCAGGGGUCUCUCACGUUCUGCUCAGGAGGAAAUCAUGGAUAUGAUAAUGACGUCUACAGCAUGCAGGCCUCGUUUCUCAGUUUAGGGCCAAAAUUCCACUUUCAGACGGAAGUGGAGCCGUUUUCCAACAUUGAAUUGUACAACCUCAUGUGUGAUGUGCUGGAAAUAACUCCGUUCCACAAUAACGGGACUCACGGGAGUCUGAACCACCUGCUGCGGACGGCCAUCUACAACCCCAGUCACCCGACAGAGCAGAGCGGCCCAGAGCAGUGUCCAGUCACCAGCCUGGAACCCACACACACACUGGGCUGCAACUGCACUGCACUGAAUGGAAGUGCCAUCAAUGCGCGUCUGAAUCUCACUGAUGCUGAAGUGGCGGAGAGUGAGAGGCGACACAUGUUGUUCGGCCGUCCGCGGGUUCUGCAGUCUGACGCUGAAUACUGUAUCCUGCAUCAACACGGAUUCAUCACGGCCUACAGCACACGCACACACACGCCAGUCUGGAGCUCCUUCACUCUGGACAAAACAGCUGAAAGUUCUCCGGUCGUCUCUGAUUGUCUCCGGGCAGACGUCAGGAUUUCAGCCAAUCAGAGCGCGACAUGUGACCAGUACAACAAUGCUGGCAACAUCACACAUGCCUUCCUUUUCCCACCCAAUCUGAACCGCUCAUCUGAAGAUCAGUUUGAUGCUCUGACACUUGGAAACGUGGUGCCUGUCUUCCCACAGUUCAACAGACUUUGGCAGUAUUUUCAGGAGGUUCUGCUGAUCAAAUAUGCAUCUCAGUAUAACGGUAUUAACGUGGUCGCUGGCCCAGUGUACGACUACAACUUUGACGGACACUUCGACUCUCCAGAGCAGAUCCAGGAGUUCGCUGCAGGUUCGUCUAUUCCUGUUCCCACUCAUUAUUUUGUGGUGGUGACGAGCUGUCAGAACGACACGCAGAUGGUGAGCGAUUGUUCUGGUGAACUUCAGACGGUUUCCUUCCUGCUGCCACACAGGAGCGACAACAUGGAGAGCUGUGCCGACGAUCAGCCAGAGUCGCAGUGGGCGGAGCCUCUCCUGUGGAUGCACCAAUCACGCGUCAGAGAUGUGGAGUGGAUCACCGGAUUGGACUUUUUCCAGGAUAGCAAGCGUCCAAUCGCUGAGCUCCUGCGCCUGAAGACCCGCCCCACUGCUGCCAUUCAUCCCAAAGCUUGAGUCUGAUUUGAUUUUGUGUUCAUGUAUUUAUUUAACCCUCAUAAUGCAUUCAGGUCCGUUUCGACCUGGAAUAUAUGUGUAAAAUUUAAAUUAAAAAAAAUAUAUGUAGAUUUUAGUAGGGGAAAGAAACUUUGCAAAUGCUUUUAGACGCUCAAAAUACACUUCAUUUAUUAUUUACAGAUUUUUUUACAGUUAUUUUUUCAGAAAUAAAAGAUGUUUCGUGUUCAGGUCGUUUUGACCCGAGUAUGUAUUAGAUGUCAAAAAUACUUUCCUUUUAAAUCCUUUUAAAAUAUAUUAAGCCUUUUCUCCAUAUCUCACACACUUUGGGGCUGAAUUUUGAAUUCAUGAACAUGAAUAUAUGCAUCUCUUGACCAACCAUUGCAGCAUUAAAAAAAAAACAAAAAAAAAAACAGAUUGCUCUUUUCAUCUGAAAGUAAAAGCUUAUGCUGGUAACAUCAAUUUUUUUUUUUUUUUAAAACUUCUCGGAGCAAUAUUUAUAUUGUUUUGAUGUUGUUUUGUUAAAAAAUAAAUAUGUAGGUUCAAAGGAAUUUAAUUAAAUUCCAUUCACUCCAAUGGGGUUAAUACUGGUAAUUCUCAGAUUAUGUGCUUUUAUAAAUUUCAUACAGUGAUAUAUUCAAAUUAAAUCUAUUAUUAAUAUUUAAAAAAAAAAUAGUUAGAUGUUUUUUUCAUAGUUUUUUUUUUUUUGUGUGUGUGUGUGUGAUUUAUGUGCAAUUUGAAAUUUCAAAGAAUUUCUCAAUUUUUUAAUUAAUAAAAAGGGGCACAUGCAGUAUGGUAACACAUUUUUCACAUUCACUCAUUAAUAAUGAUCAAUCAAAAAAAGGAUUUGCAAAACAGAAAAGUUCAAGUUCUUUAAAGUAUUUUGAUUUCUGCACUCGAUACUUGGUCGGGGCUCAUUUAGCACAAACUCCAGCAUCAGUGAGGCGUGGCAUGGAAGCGAUGAGUCUGUGGCUCUGCUGAGGCGUUGUUGAGCUGCUGAUCAGAGACAAUAUGGUUUUAGUUGCACAAUAUUAAGUUAUGACAUAUUUUGAUGAUAAUUCCUGUGGUCCAAACGAAUUGAGUGCAGAUUCCGAGUGCAUUGUGAGGUUCAUGUAUGAAUAAAUCUUCAGUGAUCUUAUUCUGAUUCACUGCAGUGACAGAGCAGCGCAGGUUUCAUACUGAACGCUGAAGAUGUGUCAUAAUCCUUACGCAUUAAAAUGACUUCAACGCAAAUUUCUUGAAAUUCUGUUUUAAUUCCAGUAUUUUUAACUGUGGUUUCCAGCACACUCGUGUGUUAAUGCAAGAGAUCAGACUGGGCUGCUGGGAAGCAUCAGCUGGUGUUCCUGGAUGUGUUUCCCAAACAAUCAUUACAUGCUCUCAAAUCAUCGUAUGACAGAAACACCAGUCUGGUCUGAUCCGGGUCAGUCUGUGUUUGAGAGGCUGGGCUCCUGUUGCUGCUUCUAACUGGUUUAUUUCUGUCGAUGCGUCCUGAACCAGAUCUUCUGCUCUGUGGAUUUGUACCCUACACUGAAAUAAACC